CCAGCAGAGAGACAACAGCACAGUCAUUAAAACAGACUGCACCAUUUCUCAGCACGUAUGAGGUGUAGCUAAGCUGCAAGGUUCUUCCUCCCCCUCAAUUUCCAUUAAUAUGAGUCCUGCUUCCUCUAGUCGGGAGAUACAGUGAGUCCCAGGGCCCAGAAGGCCUUCUGACGGUUUGUGCUCAAGGAUGUGUUCUAAGUCUGUUGCCUUAUUACCUAUUGCAGAUCUACGGAGAGCUGGGUUCAAACUUGCUUCAUAUUCUCUGGGAGGAUUAUGUCUAUGGAUCUAAAUUGUGUUUUGAAUUAAGAAUACUGCAAGUGUUUUAUUUAGGGGGUGACCUUUUCAACAGGAUUGCAGACCUUGAUUCCUGCCUCUUUUGGUCUGUCCUUGCCAAUAGUCUCUGGUUGGGCUGACUUGAAUUUUUAAAACCAGGACUCUUCGUGUUUUCCUUCUGUAAUGGCUCAUGCUGCAGCUCACCUUAAAAAAGCCCGGGAUCUUGAGCAUGAAGAAAAGGAGAAGGAGAAGGAGAAGGAAAAAGCAAGAGAAAGGGAGAGGAAGAGGCAAUCAAGAAGAAGCAGUGAGCAGUUAGGUCGUAAACGCAAGUCUGACAGCAAUGCAAGCUUCCUUCGUGCUGCUAGAGCAGGAAAUCUUGAUAAGGUGCUUGAGUACCUCAAAGGAGGUAUAGAUAUCAACACAUCAAAUCAGAAUGGUCUCAAUGCAUUGCACCUGGCAGCCAAAGAAGGACAUGUGGAACUUGUUCAAGAAUUAUUGGAGAGAGGUGCGGUCGUUGAUUCAUCGACAAAGAAAGGAAAUUCAGCCCUGCACAUUGCAUCUCUGGCUGGACAAACGGAUGUGGUAAGAACACUAGUAAAGCAGGGUGCCAACAUCAAUUCUCAGUCCCAGAAUGGUUUCACUCCACUCUAUAUGGCUGCCCAGGAAAAUCACAUUGAAGUUGUCAAGUUUCUUCUGGAAAUUGGAGCUAACCAGAGCACAGCCACUGAGGAUGGGUUCACUCCCCUGGCAGUCGCACUGCAACAGGGUCACAACCAGGUUGUUGCUAUCUUACUUGAAAAUGACACCAAAGGAAAGGUGCGCUUACCAGCCCUACAUAUUGCUGCAAGGAAAGAUGAUACCAAAUCUGCUGCUUUGCUGUUACAGAAUGACCACAAUGCCGAUGUGCAGUCAAAGAGUGGGUUUACUCCCCUUCAUAUCGCUGCCCACUACGGAAAUGUAAAUGUAGCCACUCUGCUAUUGAACCGAGGAGCUGCUGUUGAUUUCACAGCUCGGAACGGAAUUACUCCACUACAUGUAGCUUCCAAACGAGGGAAUACCAAUAUGGUGAAACUGUUAUUAGAUCGAGGAGCUCAGAUUGAUGCUAAAACAAGGGAUGGACUGACCCCACUACACUGUGCAGCAAGGAGUGGACAUGACGGAGCUGUAGAAAUUCUGCUUGAGAGAGGAGCCCCAAUGCUUGCCAGGACAAAGAAUGGUUUGUCACCCCUCCAUAUGGCUGCCCAGGGAGAUCAUGUGGAAUGUGUCAAGCAUCUGCUGCAGCAUAAGGCACCAGUUGAUGACGUCACACUUGACUAUCUCACUGCAUUGCAUGUGGCUGCUCACUGUGGUCACUACAGGGUCACCAAGCUCCUCCUGGACAAGAGAGCCAAUCCUAAUGCCCGGGCACUGAAUGGCUUUACCCCAUUGCAUAUUGCAUGUAAGAAAAAUCGUGUUAAAGUCAUGGAACUUCUUGUGAAGUAUGGGGCUUCAAUCCAAGCCAUAACAGAGUCUGGCCUUACGCCAAUACAUGUGGCUGCCUUCAUGGGCCACUUGAACAUCGUCCUCCUUUUGCUGCAGAAUGGAGCAUCCCCGGAUGUUUCUAAUAUUCGUGGAGAAACUGCAUUGCACAUGGCUGCACGAGCUGGACAGGUGGAAGUUGUUCGUUGUCUCCUGCGCAAUGGAGCCCAGGUGGAUGCAAAAGCCAGGGAGGAUCAAACUCCUUUACACAUUGCCUCCAGGCUGGGUAAAACUGAGAUUGUGCAGCUGCUGCUACAACACAUGGCCUUUCCAGAUGCGUGCACCACUAAUGGCUACACCCCACUGCACAUUUCUGCCAGGGAGGGCCAGGAAGAUGUGGCUUCCAUUUUGCUUGAGGCAGGUGCUUCACACUCAUUGGCCACAAAGAAGGGAUUUACCCCACUACAUGUAGCUGCUAAGUACGGGAGCCUAGAUGUGGCAAAACUCCUUCUGCAGCGCUCAGCUUCUCCAGACUCUGCGGGCAAGAAUGGCCUAACCCCACUUCACGUUGCCGCUCACUAUGACAACCAGAAGGUGGCAUUGUUGCUGCUGGCGAAAGGUGCCUCUCCCCAUUCGACUGCAAAGAAUGGCUACACACCUCUGCAUAUUGCUGCCAAAAAGAACCAAAUGGAAAUUGCCACUGCCUUACUGGAAUAUGGAGCAGAAACUAAUGCAGUAACAAAACAGGGGGUUACACCCCUUCAUCUGGCAUCACAAGAAGGACACGCUGAAAUGGUUUCAUGUCUGUUGGAUAAAAGUGCCCAUGUCAGUGUGGCGACAAAGAGCGGGCUGUCAGCACUGCACCUUGCAGCUCAGGAGGACAGAAUUAAUGUUGCGGAAAUUCUGGUAAAACGGGGCGCAAGUCUUGAUGCACAAACCAAGGUGGGUUAUACUCCACUGAUAGUGGCUUGCCACUAUGGAAACAUUAAGAUGGUUAAUUUCCUCCUGCGGAAUGGUUCCAAUGUCAAUGCCAAAACCAAGAAUGGAUAUACACCUUUGCACCAGGCAGCACAGCAGGGUCACACACAUAUCAUCAAUGUCCUUCUUCAACAUGGAGCCAGAGCAAAUGCAACCACUGCAAAUGGCAACACUGCCUUAGCAAUUGCCAAGCGUCUUGGAUAUAUCUCUGUGGUUGACACCCUGAAGGUUGUCACAGAAGAAGUCACUACCACCACAACUACUGUAACUGAAAAACAUAAACUGAAUGUACCUGAGACAAUGAAUGAGAUCCUGGAUGUUUCAGAUGAGGAAGGAGAUGAUACAAUGACGGGUGAUGGAGGAGAGUACCUUAGACCAGAGGACCUAAAAGAGCUUGGAGAUGACUCUCUACCCAGCAGUCGGUACCUAGACAACAUGAUGUACAGAGGAAUAGGACGCCUUGGAGAGCGUUCAGAUAGCCUGCGGUCCUUCAGUUCAGACAGGUCUAACACGCCCAGCCAUGGUCCACACCACAGGGACAGUGCCAUGAUUGAAGAAUUAAUCACAGCCACAAGUAGCCAGGUAGCUCUGGCAAAAGGCCCAGAGAAGGACUCCACACAUCGCUUAAAUUGGGAAACAGAGAACUUGGACAAUGUGGCACUCUCUUCCAGCCCAAUACAUUCAGGCUACUGGAGCAAGAUGGUGCAAGACAUAGGAACCUUACAGCCAGCAGGCUUUCUGGUUAGCUUUAUGGUGGAUGCUCGGGGUGGAUCUAUGCGUGGCUGUCGCCAUAAUGGGCUUCGCAUUAUCAUUCCUCCUCGGAAGUGCACAGCCCCAACUCGUGUCACUUGCCGCCUGGUUAAACGUCACAGACUGGCUACAAUGCCUCCCAUGGUGGAAGGAGAGGGACAUGCCAGCAGGUUAAUUGAAGUUGGGCCAUCGGGUGCACAGUUCCUUGGGCCAGUGAUUGUGGAGAUUCCACACUUUGCAGCUGUGCGUGGGAAGGAACGAGAGUUGGUAGUACUGCGCAGUGAAACUGGAGAGAUUUGGAAGGAGCAUCAGUGUGAAUACACUGAGGAAGAGCUGAAUGAAAUAUUGAAUGGGAUGGAUGAAGUGCUUGAUAGUCCAGAGGAACUUGACAAAAAACGAAUUUGCCGUAUCAUCACCAGGGACUUCCCACAAUACUUUGCAGUAGUAUCCAGAGUCAGACAGGACAGUAACUUGAUUGGGCCAGAAGGAGGUGUGCUGAGCAGUACUGUGGUACCACAGGUUCAAGCUGUCUUCCCUGAAGGAGCUUUAACCAAGAGAAUUCGAGUCGGACUCCAGGCCCAACCCAUGCAUUUUGAAUUAGUCAAGAAGAUACUGGGCAAUAAGGCAACCUUCAGCCCAAUAGUCACCCUGGAACCAAGGAGAAGAAAAUUCCAUAAACCUAUUACGAUGACAAUUCCAAUUCCAAAAUCCUCAACAGAAGGGCUAAUGAAUGGAUAUGGUGGAGACACUCCAACUCUCAGGUUACUUUGCAGCAUUACAGGAGGAACAACACCAGCACAAUGGGAAGAUAUAACGGGAACAACUCCCUUGUCAUUUGUCAAUGAGUGUGUUUCCUUCACAACAAAUGUAUCAGCUAGGUUCUGGCUCAUAGACUGUCGGCAGAUCCAAGAAUCUGUGAACUUCGCCACACAAGUGUACAGAGAGAUUAUUUGUGUACCAUACAUGGCCAAAUUUGUAGUUUUUGCCAAAUCACUUGAUCCAAUUGAGGCACGAUUGAGAUGUUUCUGCAUGACAGAUGACAAGGUGGACAAAACAUUGGAACAGCAGGAAAAUUUCACAGAGGUUGCAAGGAGCAGGGAUGUCGAGGUUUUGGAAGGCAAGCCAAUUUACGCUGAUUGUUUUGGCAACCUUGUACCCCUUACAAAGAGUGGACAGCAUCACCUAUUCAGUUUCUAUGCAUUUAAAGAAAAUAGACUUGCACUGUUCGUCAAGGUACGAGACACAACUCAAGAACCAUGUGGACGUUUAUCCUUCAUAAGAGAACCAAAAUCUACAAGAGGUCUUGUGCAACAUGCUAUUUGCAACCUAAAUAUUACACUACCCCUGUACAGCAAGGAGUCAGAUUCAGAUCCGGAGCAAGAGGAAGAGGUGACUGGAACUCAAGAUAAAUAUGAAGAGGAGGAGACUGAAACUACUGAGAUUUCUUCAGCCAUAAAAUCACACCUUGUCCACGAUGUCCCUGUGCUGGCAAGCCCAGACUUGCUUUCAGAUGUAUCUGAAAUGAAACAAGAUUUAAUCAAGGUGACCAAAAUUUUAAAAACAGACUCAACAGCAGGAAGUAAAGGAAGCCCCAUUGAGGUAAAAGAAUUAGCAAAAGUUGCAGAAGAUGAACCAGGUGAGCCAUUUGAGAUUGUAGAGAAAGUGAAAGAAGACUUGGAAAAAGUGAGUGAGAUUUUAAGAAGUGGAACAUAUAUAGGUGAAGAAUCUAUACAAGAAACCUUGGGUACUAUAAGAAGUGAAAAACUAGAAGAAAACUGGGUUAUUAUCAGCGAUGAAGAGAUAGAAGAAGUUAAACGAGAAGUACCAGCAAAGGUCUAUGAAGCUCCGUUUGUGGAACACCGAAUUGAUAGAGGGCCUGUUGAAAAAGUUGCAAAAGAUAUGAGUGGAAUGCUGGGCUAUUUAGAAACUGACUUGGAUACAUAUUUAAACCAGGUAGCAACAAAACCUUCAGCCACCUGCCAAAUGGAUAUUGUCCAAGAAAGAUUUGAUGCAACAUAUAUAACCAAAGAUUCUAAAAAAGAAACAGAGCAGAUGAUUUCCAAACUUUCAAACUCGGUGGAUCUUAAAGAACAUGAAGUGUCACACAAAGCAAAAGACCAAAGUAAGUUUGAUAUGGGAAAGGUAAAACCAGUAUUUCAGAGAUUCAAGGCAGAAAACACUACAGUCUGUUUUAAGGACCCUGCAUUUCAGGUCCCAACUACAGAAACUGAGACUGAGGACAGAAACAUGCAGCAGGAUAUUUGUGCUGAAUCCACCAAAGAAGAAAUGACAUUGGUUCCUCCAAGUGCUGCAGAAUCUACCUCACCUCUAGUAGAAGAGACUCCCAUUGGUUCUAUAAAAGAGAAGGUCAAAGCUCUUCAGAAGCGUGUGGAAGCUGAGAAAGGACAAAGGGAACAAGCCAAGUCUGUAGUGAGGGAAGAAAUUUUCAUUAAACGAGUUACUUCCAAAGAGACUCCUGCUUCUGCUUCUGUUUCUGCUGUUACAGAAAGGCUCGAAGAAACAAUGUCAGUGCGUGAACUGAUGAAAGCAUUUCAGUCAGGACAAGAUCCAUCUAAGAAGAUGACUCGACUUUUUCAACACUCAUCUGAUGUUUCAGAAGCAGAAAAACAACCUUUGGAAGAAUUUAAAAAAACAGAUGCAUGUAUAGAAAAAGAACAUCAACAAAAUUUACCUCCCCUUAAAGCCAGCAAAGAAAAAGCAGAUAACGUAGAGCUUUCAUCAAGGAAAGUUCAGUCACAAGUGCUUUCACAGGAUGCAUUACACGGAGAUUACAAUGGAAUAGCAGCAAUAAGUGCAAUUUCACAAGGCACAAAGGAAAUUGGUAGAGAAAGGAAAAGGAUAGCAUCAUGCAAAGUUAAGAAGGUACUCACAAUUGACAAGUAUGGUGCUACUUCUGAAGCAUUAGAAAGCUCUGAAUCAGUUUUUACUGAAGACCAUGAAAAACAAAGUGAAACUCAUAGCAGUAGAAUAACUGUGACUAGUGAUUUACAGAUCAGUCCAGACAGGAAGACAUCCACUGAUUUCACCGAUGUUAUUAAAGAGGAGUUAGAAGAUAAUGACAAAUAUCAGCAAUUUAGGAAAAAAUCAGAUACACCAGAUGCUGAACUUUACCUUGAACAGGUAGUUACAAGCCCACUUCACCAAGACCUGAAUAUUAGUUUUCCACCAGAUUAUGUGAAAGAUGAACUUACACCAGAUAUAACUUUACAAAAUGGUGCCCUUGAUGACAGCUCUGAAAGCCUAAAACAUGAAGGCAUUGCUGACUCCCCAAGUUUUAGCUUAGGUGAUGGUACUCCUCAAAUUAGUUCAGAGGAGAGUUAUAAACAUGAAGGACUUGCGGAGACACCUGAAACAAGCCCUGAAAGUUUCUCCCUUUCACCAAAGAAAAGUGAUCAGGAAACAUCAGAAACACAAGAUGCUGAAAAUGCUGUCAGAGUAGACAGUGGGGACCAGAGCUUUGAGAAAAAAACAGCUUCUGCACAACAUGAAAAUAUAGUCUCAACUGAUGCAAUUACUGAAGUAAAGGUAACAAAGGAAUCUUUAGAUGCCACCGAUACAGAGAUAACUGUAGAUUCUGGUUGUGUAGAUUAUGAUGAAUUGCAAUUGACAGAAGUAACUCAAGCCACAUCUCUCUUAGAUGAGGUGGAUGAGCAAACCACAAGUGAAUCUGCCUCUGCCCUUAAAGCUGCAGAUGAUACAAGUGAAAAGGAUGCUUUUAUCCAGGAAGAACCAGAAUCUUUGUCUCUUUAUGAUGUUCAUGAUGUUUCUCUGGAGAGUAGAUCCAAAGGCAAGGAUGAUGACGUUUCUGUUUCAGUGUCAGAUAGAGAAGUAGUAGAAUCAUUAGCCCCAGAUAUUUCAGUUAAAGAAAAGGAUCAAAACAGUGCUUCGCCAGUUGUAACUUCAGUUUCACCAGAGGGCAUAGCAAGAAGUCAACUGUUAGAUUUGUGUCUAACUGGAGUUUCACUUGAUGCUGAUACUCUUAGUCCUAUGGCAGAUGAAUCUAUGAUCAGCCAAAAAGAUUCUCUAGAAGGUAGUCCCACACAGGAUGAUAUUGAUACAACUUCACACAAAUCCCCAGAUUCACUUGAGCCAAGCCCUAUCAAAGAAUCACCAUGUCCAGAUUCUCUUGAGAGUAGCCCUGUGGAGCAGAAGUUAAGUAUAGCAAUUUCUGUGGCACAGAAGAGUGAAAAAGUAGCUUCCAUUGUGGUCACUGAGAAAAAAAAUGAAAGAAUGGAUAUUCCUUUGGAUGCCACAUCUGCCAGGAGUAGAAUUUUCAGAGACGUACAGGGAGAAGGACCCAUAAAUAGAGAAGCAAGGAAACUUUUGUCACCUGAUGGAAGUGCAGAGGAAGAUAGUUUGGACCAAAUCUCUCAAAUGGAAAGUUCAGGAAAGAGCCCUCUUUCACCUGAAACUCCAAGUUCUGAGGAGAUCAGUUAUGAAGUCACACCUAAAACCCCUGACACACAUAUAUUAUCAGUUGCUGAGAAGCCAAUUGUUAUUCCUGAAAUCCAAGAGGAAAUUGAUGAUGAUUCCUCAGACAGUGAAUCAAAGAAAAGAUUUACACCAGAAGAGGAGAUGUUUAAAAUGGCAGCCAAAAUUAAAACAUUUGAUGAACUAGAAGAGGAUGCUAGAUUAAAACGUGAAGGUAAAAAGGAACAGAGGCUUUCUGAUAUGUCUCCACCCCCUGUAAUAACCAAUGUAGAAGAAACCGAAGUUAUAUUCAUAUCUCAUGCUGAACAUAGAAAGAGCUCCUCCUCUUCAGAAAGUGAGCCAGAUCUGACUCAGCUAAGCAAAGAGGUCGGAAGUGGACUGCUUCUGGAGCCAGUUAUUCGAGUUGAACCUGCAUCUCCACUCUGCCCAGGUUCUAGCCCUGAAGAUGCAGAAUUUCCUCCUAUAAUGGGCAAAAAAUAUACCUUUAAGAUAAUAGAUCAUGAAAAAGAAUCAAGCGAACAAACAGCUGAAGGUGAUAAUGGAAUGGACUUAACAAUGAACAACAGAAGCACGAACAAAGAUUGUGUAGUGCCGGAUGUUAAUGCAACUGUUAAAAUUCAUCAUUCUUCCACAGCCACUGGAAAGUCCAUUGAAGAGCCUGUUUCUUCAGAGGCAUCACAUUUCGUGCCUGAAAUACAAGAGUAUGAUAUUCUAACUGAGGAGGAUGUUCAACGCCUUGACCAGGCGGCAGAAAAACGAGAUGAGCUGUGGAUGGACAGCAAAUCUGAAGAAUAUAAAGCAAAACCAUAUGACGAAAAGCAACAGGGCCAGGAGGAAAAUGCAGAAGUAAAAACAUCAGCUGUAGUUGAUUAUUCAGAGUAUAAAGCAGCUCCAACUGAUGAAUCCACAUUGCAUGACAUAUUCUCAGGGCAAGGAGCUGAAGGACAACUAAGCAAAAUAAUAAUAACUAAAACAGAAGCUGAUCUUGACACUUGGAAUACAAUAAGAGAAGAUGAUGAGAUAUUUGCAGCUCGCCUUAAAGAGGAAGAGCAGAAAAUAUUUGGCCUAAUGGUCGACAGACUAUCUCGUGGUACAACUCCCGACACCACACCAGCAAGAACACCAACUGAGGAUGGUACACCAACCAAUGAACAAAACCCAUUUCUUUUUCAAGAGGGAAAAUUAUUUGAAAUGACCAGAAGUGGUGCUAUUGAUAUGAGCAAAAGGAACUACGGAGAUGACGGCUUCCAUUUUUUCCAAAUUGGAGAAAAUCAGAAUACUGAGACUUUAAUAGAAGCAUCAAAAAUGGAGGGAACUGAGGAUGAGGUGACCUCUCUUGAAACUGAGUCCUCACCUGAUAGAUUACCUAUCCAAUCUCAGACUGAGAUACAAUAUGGUUCAUUAUCAGAUUCACCAAUCAACUCAAGUUUUCAAUCCACAGCAGAGUUAAGUUGCACUGAUGAACAAUUAGCCACAAAAAAUGAACAAAAGUCAAGAAUUCCAAUCAAAAUGGGCAUCUCUGCAUCCACCAAAACGUCAAAGAAAGACCCUGCUAUGCCUGAAGUGGCCGAAGUAAAACCUUUCCAAUUUGAUGAUGAGGUGGAUUUAGCUACUCCUGAGACAUCAACAAAUAAUGUCCAGUCAGACUUUUCUACAGUGACCCAGACCAUUUCUUCACAGCAGGCUAUAAAGAGUGGUGAUGAUUCAUCAGACUCAUCGCCUGAAGAGCAGCGUUCAGUUAUUGAAAUUCCUACUGCAGCUAUUCAACAAACUCAAACAGAGGCAAAAUCAAAGCUUCCUGUCAGGCAUACUGCAAUUGUAACUGCAAUACCACGUGCACCAGCUACAACCGAGGAUAAGACAUCUUCAUCUUCUCGUUCAUCCCCUGUAAGUACACUGGAAGGAUCUGCAGAUGAUUUAGUAAAAUCAAAAUCUAGAAUUCCGAUUAAGGCUGUUGCACACAGAAUAGAUCACUAUUCUUCAUCAGUGCUACCAGAUGCAAAAAAGACUUCAGAGGCUAUUCGAACCCAUGAGGUUAAAUCUAGGUUGCCAGUGAGACAGGAACCACGGAGCAAGUCUGAGUCAGAUGCUAUUAAUUCUGUUGAGAUAAAAAGUAAACUUCUGAAUAAGGGACGGAGCUAUGAUACUGAACCUGAUGCAAAAGAACUGCUAUCUCAUUUUUCCACAGGAUCAGAAACAUCAGAACAUUCUAGAUCAAAAUCAUUCCAGUCAAGGCUUCCAGUGAAAACCAAAGCUAGCCAUAGUCCACAAGCUGCUACUAGUUUUACUAAAGGCAGUAAGGAUACAUUCUUUGAACUUUAUAAACACUCAAUUGAAUUUUUUGAAGAGAUAAGUGAUGAGGCUUCAAAAUUGGUGGAUCGCCUGACAGAGGAAGAGCGAGAACAGGAAGUGCUAUCAGAUGAUGAUAGCAGUGCUGUAGAUAGUUCUGUUAUAGAAUCUGAGCAGCCCAGUGAAAUACAGCAAUCUCUUCCUGAAGACCAGUUUGAUGUGAGGCCAAUCUGGGAUGAAUCUGUUGAAACCCAAAUUGAAAGAAUUCCUGAAGAAAAUGGGCAUGAUCAUUUUGAAGCUUUGGAUACUCAGGAGGAUUCUGAAAGAGCAGAGCAACGACUCUAUCUUAUUGCUGACCAUCUUGGAUUUAGCUGGACAGAACUGGCCAGAGAACUGGAUUUUAGUGAAGAGCAGAUUCAUCAGAUCAGAAUUGAAAACCCUAAUUCCUUAGUGGACCAGAGCCAGGCACUUUUAAAAUAUUGGAUGGAAAGAGAUGGCAACUGUGCUUCAGAUGAAAAGCUAUUGCAGUCCUUGAACAAAAUUAAUCGACUGGAUAUUAUCAGUCUGCUGGAAACCACACAAACAUCACCCAGCAAAGAACAUGUUUCCCGUACUUAUGCAGAGAUUGAGCAGACAAUAGUCCAAGAUCACAGUGAAGGUUUCUCUGCACUUUCUGAAGACCUUUACAGUCCGAAGAUCACACGACUGGGACAGCAGACUUCUAAAGAGUAUUCCUGCUCAAGGGAUCUAGUAGAAGUUUCCAGUGAACGACGUACUGAGGGCUUUGGAGCACAACCACCUCUUGUCUUGGAGGAAGAUAGUUCCAUCAGUUGUGGCAAGCCUCAGGAAACCAAUGCACAGACCAAGGAACAGCUGAACAAGUCAGGAGAGGAGCUAUUCAUCUCUGAGUACUCUGGGCAAGCUCAGAAGGAAAAUGAAGCUGAAGCAAAAAAGUCAGUACUUACCGAUAAACAAAAGGAAAAAUCUGUAGUGAAGGAUGAAGACUUUACAUCCUCUGGUGAAGAUUCUGACUUCUAUCAAGGCAAGUCCAGGGAAGUAGAGAAAUCUGAUAUUCAGGAUGAAGAAGAGGCAGAUGUGGAAUCUACAGAGUUGGUAAACUUGAGAAUUGAUGAACAAAAUCCAAUUAUACAGGAGCCUGAUGAGGGCUUACAGCCUGCCCAAACAGCUGGUCCCACUAUAGGGGAAACCACAGAGAAUGAGCCAGAGAACAUUAAGAAAUCUUUUGAGGAAGAAUCACUAGAAAAGGAGAUAGUUGAAGAAUUGGGGGAACAGGAAAGCAGUUCUGAUGAGGAGACUGUAACUACCCGGGUCAUUCGCCGCCGGGUGAUUAUCCAGGCAGAUGAUAUGCCCGAUGUCCUACCGGAGUCAGUCACUGAAGAACAAUACACAGAUGAACAUGGAAAUACUAUUGUGAAAAAGGUUACCAGAAAGAUUAUUAGACGCUUAAUUUCACCUGAUGGCACUGAAAAGGAGGAAGUAGUAAUACAAGGAGCAGAGCAAGAACCCAUUAGAAUUGAACAUGAUGACGGAUAUUCAAAAGUUUUAAAGCGGACUGUAUUAAAAAGUGACAGUGAGCAGUCAGAGAUGACAUUUUCAGAAUCACAAGUGCCCUCCAACUCUGAAUUUCAAUCAGAGCCUGUUGAGGGCCGAAAAGUCAGCAGGGUUAUUAAAACGACAGUAGUCCAUGGAGACAGAGUGGAAAAACACAUUGGGGACCCCAGGCUGGCCUCUGACCUUCCAUCAGCCAAAGAUGAUUUCAAUAUGGCUCUUAGUUUCGCAGGGAACCAAGGAAGGGUACACAUUCCAAAUGUAGUUCAGAGAGAGUUUGUAAAAGAGGAUGGAUCUGUUAUUAAAAGGGCGACCAUGAGUAAAGCCAACACACAGAAGAAGACUGUGGUGAAAGAUCAGGAAGGGAAGCAUGUGCAUGAAGAACAGCUGGAGGACGUACCUGAAGCACUUCAGAAAGAUGACCUGAAAUAUGACCUACAGCAACUUCUUGAUCGCUUUUGUUGUGAGGACUGGAAGCAGGAAGAAAACUAAAUAAUUCAAGUUGUGCAUAUCUGUUGUAUUAUAACUACGCAGUUUGCUCACAUGAAAAAAAUCAUAUUAUUAUCAUUUCCAUCUGAAAAUGCUGGUGUAACUGUAUGGAAAGCUUAGAUCUGAAUUAACCCUUUCACCAUACAUAAGUAAGUUUGUGACCAAAGAUGGCAUCCAAGUCUUGGAUGACUAAUACUGUUUGAACAUUAGAUCUUCCUGAAUUGGCUGUUUUAGGAACAUGCUUAAGUUGCUUCCAAUAAACUACUGGCAACAAUGUCAAUAUCCAGAAAAUACUUAAGCCACAGGCCUCUUCCCAUUUUCUGUCACAGAAGGACUUACCAAAAUAAAUGUGUAAAUAGCAGAGGUGUUUUGGCUUGUGAAACCAAAACACUGCCUACCUUGACUACAACAUUGCCACCAAACACAAGGUCCUUUCUUCAUUGUUGAAUUAAGUCUGACUAAAUGUCGCCAUAGUAACAGAACGUGGGUGUGCAGGCCUAGUAUGGCACACAUACUAAUCUUACAGUCCCUCAAAGAUUUACAAAGCUUAGUAAAUAUGCUAGCACCUGUAUUGGACAUUUCACUAUUAAUUGCAUUAGUAUGAAUUAAUGAGUGGGUGUGGCAAGCUCCAUUUGAUGUGCAUUCAUGCUGCCAUACUUGUUUCCAGAAAUUCACAACUUUCUUCACUGCUUUCACCAACCCAUUAGUCUUGUAUCUGUGAUCUCGUACUUUCUACUGGCACCUGCACUGUAGAUAACUGGAAUUGAGAUGAACCUAGCAAAACACAAAGACAACAGAAUCUUUUGGUUAUUUCAGCAUUAUAUAACAAGACUGGCUUCUUUUUGUACAUGCAUGUAGUAUUUAUAGCUGUUGUAAUCAUCUAUAUGCUUGUUUAAACAUCUUUGCAAUGGGGAAAUGUUUCAGCUCGCUGUCUCAACAUAAAAAGUCAAACAAAAAAAAGGAACCGAAUAUGAUAAUUAUGUGGUAUUUUAAUUGUUCCAGUCUACCCUUCAAUGUAUUCAUAAGAUUUUAUUUUAGUUUUUUUUAAGUUAUUCUAGUUCAGAAACUUGUCAAAAUGAGGACAAUAUUCACUGAGUGCUCAACAAGUUAAAUAACUCAGUCUAUUAUUUACUUCUUGAAUCAGUGCAGGCAGAAUAUCAGUUCUGUUAUGUCAGUGUCAAGACCUGUACUGACUGGCGAUUUAAAAGAAAACAACAGAGAGAGUGUGUAACUGUUCUGGCUAUGCCAUGUGGUGUUAAUUGCAGCGCAGAUGAUGUCUCUGUAAUUACAUUUUGGUUUACACCUUUUUAUUUUUUUGCUGUGUAAUCAAAGAACUUCAGAACUGUGAGAAGAAGUGUAUUUUAAUUUAAUGAAUCAGCAUCUUGUUCCCAUGGUGAUAACAAAUAUUGUAUAUGAUAUCUAUGAGGGCAUGUAUUAGGAUAAAGAUAAAUGGAAGCAAAAUUAAAACACUAACAAAUACAUACCAAUUGCAAUGUGUAAAAUGGCUGAUUUAAUUAAAAUAAAAUGUACAAGUGUUACA